AUGGUACAGGAGCAGCUAGAAGAAGACCAGCAGAGCGUUGAUUCAGAGAGACUGGAUCUUGAAAGCGAUGUUCAAAAUGGCGAUGACAAGUACGACGAUGAGGACGACCCGCAUCCUCGGUGUGACUGGAAAGCCAUCGACGCAAUUCCGGUUAGCCGGUAUGAGGAGCUCGUCGCUAGAGUAUGUACUCUUGAAGGGCCGCUCAAACCCACCAAGGUGCUUGCCCAGAACAAAGGCACUUUCAACGCGGUGGCCUUCGUUGGUGUCCUUAACCGCGGCAAGUGCGACAAUUACAUCGUCCGAGUGCCAGGGCAUGCAACAGUUGCUCACUGGACAGCCAAGGACGCAUACAUGAUGCAGCGAGAGUUCGAAAUGAUUGAGUAUGUUCGCAAAAACACUUCAGCGCCAGUCGCCCAGAUUUGCUCUUACUCGACCGAUUUCACAAAUAUUCUCGGCCAUCCAUACAUCAUGAUGACCAUGCUACCAGGCAAGAGCGCAUUCAGCGCUUGGUUCGACGAAGAGAUCGAAGAUACCGACGAGCCUUGCGAGCCUGAUUCGGCGUUGGAUUUUCGUUUCGGCGAUAUGCCAUCGCCUGCGACUGAGAAGAAACGGCUUACCCUGCUGCGUUCGCUCGCUCGUAUUAUGGCUGAAAUCAACAGUCUCUCUUUUGACCAAAUUGGAAUGCCCAUCAUCCCCCUCGACGACCCGGUCCAGCCUUCCAUCGGACCCCUUUACCGAUGGGAUAACACAGGCAGCGAUAUCUACACCUCACGUCCACCCUUGUCCUCAACUCAAUGCUAUGUCUCCGAACGACCCACUUUAAACUCGAUCAAACCAAGCAGAGCACGCGGUGCUCUCAAACUUCUCGACAUCAUCUUCAGCCAACCCGUCUUCAACGCUCCUCCACAUCUACCCGAAUCCUUCACUCUCCAUCACGCCGACCUCGAUCUCCAAAAUAUACUAGUAGACAAAGAUGGAAAUGUCACUGGCAUCAUAGACUGGGACCGCUGUCUUGCCGUCCCUCGCUUCAUCGGUGCCUCAUCCGCGCCUCUCUUUCUGCAGAAGGACUGGAUGCCAGCAUUCCUCAAUAACCUAACCACAAGCCCAUACAUGGCAUUCACAACGCACCGGUACCGACAGAUCUACGCCGCUGCACUCGCAGAGUACGGCUGCGAGGAUGCAAAAUACACGACAAAGUCAGCAAUGUAUCAGGCUGGCGUGAUGAGCCUCUACGAUUCAGAUGACGGCGACGUGAUGGAUAUUUUGACAAAGGUGUUGCGCUCGAUACCGCAUUUCCGAUCAGACGUCGACGAGUGUUUGAUUGCGUUUGGGAAAGGGUGGCCAGCAGGAGAAGAGAUAAUGCGGCGUGAGCUGCGUAAGUUAUUCGAACCGGAAAUGCCAGACUUAGAGGUGCUGCGUGAUGCCGAAGCUGGUAUUGCUGCGGUUGAAUGGAUGCUGGAGUUUCAGUAUGAGAUCUAA